AGGCGGGCGGGCGGGCGAGCGGACACUUUCCACGGAUGCUGAGGAAAGACAAACCGAGGAAGGCCAAGCGCACACGCGGGCUCCUUUUAAUUCUUUGUUUUGGUGGCUUUUUUGUUUUUUGGGGGGCCGCCUUGUCCAAAGUUAGUUGAAAUCGCCCAGCAUGUUCUCCUCCUCCACGGCUGGCGCCCCGCUCCUCCUCCUCCUCCUCCUCCUCUUCCUCCUCCCGCCGCCGCCGCCGCCGCUGUUGCUGUUGCGCUUGUGUGGAUUUACCUCCGCCGCUGGCUUUUAGCUUCACACCGUUCCGCGCAGACCACCAUGGACCACCUCCUCCUCUUUCUCGGACCCCUGCAGCUCCUCCUCGCCCUACUCGGAGCGGCGGGCGCGUCGCCGGCCGAGGGCGGCCGGGACUGCCUGAGCGCAGGCGACGCCUGUUCCGGGGACGACGCCUGCAGCCCGCGCCUGCGCACCCUGCGGCAGUGCGUGGCCGGAGACGGCAGCGUCAAGCUGGGCCCCGGCGCCCGCAACCAGUGCGAGAACGCCGUGGCGGCCCUCACGUCCACGCCGCUGCGCGGCUGCCGCUGCAAGCGAGGCAUGAAGAAGGAGAAGAACUGCCUCAGCAUCUACUGGAGCCUGCAGCAGGCCUCCCUGCACGGCCUCAACCUGGUGGAGGACUUCCCGUACGAGCCCGAGGAAAGGGGCUCCGACUAUGUUCGUUUGGCCUCCAUCGCCGCCGAAUCGGAAGUGACAACGGUCAACCGCUGCCUGGACGCCGCCAAGGCCUGCAACAUUGACGAGACGUGCCAGAAGCUGCGCACCGAAUACGUGUCGUCCUGCAUCCAGCCUUCGGCCCGCUCGGGCCCGUGCAACCGGCCCAAGUGCAACAAGGCGCUGCGCAAGUUCUUCGACCGCGUGCCGCCGGACUACACGCACGAGCUGCUCUUCUGCCCGUGCACCGACACGGCGUGCGCCGAGCGCCGUCGCCAGACCGUGGUGCCCGCGUGCUCCUACGAGGACAAGGACAAGCCCGGAUGCCUGGCCCAGCUCAGGGUCUGCAAAGCCGACUACGUCUGCAGGUCCCGCUGGGCUCAGUUCCAGUACGACUGCCAGCCGUGGCAUCAGAGCUCCAGCGGGUGCAAGCAGGACAACCACGCGGCGUGCCUGCUGGCAUACACCGGCCUCAUUGGCAGCACAAUUACGCCCAACUACCUGGACAACAGCACCUCCAACGUGGGACCCUGGUGCUCCUGCACUACCGGCGGACACCAGCGGGAGCAGUGCGCCAGCUUCCUGGCCUCCUUCCACGACAACGUCUGCCUGAAGAAGGCCAUGCUGGCUUUCGGCAACAGCUCCGACCUGAAAAGGGGCGGCGCAGCCCCAAGCCCGCCCGCCGACGGCGACGACGACGCUCCCCGGGCCACCGGCGUGCCGGACGUCUCCGUGGAAACGGCGCAGAACAUCCUGAGAGCCCAGAUUCCUACUCAGGUCAACAACGGCAACGAGCGCCUUUGGGGCGACUCGGGCGACUCGACGCUGGCGUCGCCCGACCUGUCGGAGGGCAACGGCGCCGUGACGCCCGCUCGUCCUCUCCUGCCUGCGCUCCCGCUGGCCUUCUGCUGGCUCCUGAUGAUGCCGCUUCUCCUCCGCUGCCACUAGGGGGGGUUGCGCGACACGGCCAGUGGCGACGCUGCACUUUUCCCGCACCCCAACAUUUCCCGCUUGACCACGUGGCGCGCGGAGGACGGUCGACAGAAGAAAACUCUUCACGGAGACGGAUUACAAAUUAUUUUUGCUGUUGUCGUCGUGGAAAGAGGAUUGACGCCGGUUAGCGCCCGUCGCUAACCGCCCGUCGCUAACUGCACACAUUUGUGUUGUCGUUAUUGUCAUGUUGCGGCAAAAAAAAAAAAACCCACAAAAAUGUGCGCAACUUUUAGUGAACACUUUUUAAUGGAUGGGAAAAAAAAAAGACAAGCGUUUGUGUUUGUGUGGAUGCUAUGCAUAAUUUUUUUGGUGUGUUCUUGCCGUACUCCCCCACAAUGUAACCAAAACAAAGCCCAUUUGUUAACGAGCCUUUCGUCUUGGGCCAAACCGCCAAAGCACAACAGCGCUGAAGGUUGCAAAGGGGGAAACUUUCCAUGGGAAUUUCUCGAGAAUUGACAAAAUUGAAAAUCCCAACGCAGCCAGAUUUCAAGUUUUUCCAAGUUUGAAGUUUUCACCCAUUUUUUUUUUUUUUUUGCUCUGCGUUGCAAAGCACAAUUUGAGUUCGCUAUGAGCUUCGGCUAGCACCACUACUUAAAUCUAAAUAAAGAAAUAAAUAGAGCAAUGAAGGUACUGUGAUACCCUCGCAUGUGGGCAAGGAGAGCGAUCCGUUCUGCAUGAAAAAAUUUUCUAUUUACAGUAUGCCCGAAGAUGAGCUCUUUUCCAUAAAAUCGCCCCCAAUUCUGACUUAAUUCCCAUUGAAAAUUUCCAAUUUAGAAGAGUUCAAUAAUCCCCCCCGGCAGAAAUUCACAUGGACACGUGACGGAAAUUCACGAAAACUUUUUCAACGGCACUGCUGCUUUCACAGAGCACAAAAAAAAAAAAAAAAAAAAAGCCACCGGAGCCAUUUUGGGGAAGUGGUUUAAGCUCCAAGAAGAGCCAACGCGCUCAUUAGCUUGUUGGCUCGUUAGCGUCACCAAAAUGGCCGCAUGAAAGCGGCAACGGAGAAACUUUUUCUGUUUGGAAGGCUUCAAAAAUUUUGUCACCGGAUGGCGUUUUUUGUUUUUGGAACAUUCAAACGUUGCCGCCGGUUUGAAAGAAGAGGAGACUUGGGUUGCCGUGACAACCGGGGGACGAUUGACAGCCCAAGUCAAGAACUGAAAAGACUCGCUCGCUCUCGCUCGCUCUUCUCGUGUUGUUCAACACUUUCACUCAAUUAAAAAUCAAACGUCCAACGGCA